GGAGCUGCAAGGCUUUCCGCAAGUGCACAACGUGAGCUGGCAGGAGGCGGCGGACGAGGAGCUGCAGGAUACAGGGGCGUCCGAGAUAGCGAAGUGGGUGACGAGGAUGUCCCCGGGUGUGGCGACCUUCAUAGCUGUUCUCUUCAUCGGCUACCUGGUCCUGGGCCUCACAGGGAACUUCCUCACCAUCUUGGCACUUCUCCGCUGCCCCAGGGUCAGGAACGUGACGGCUGCCUUCAUCAUUAGUCUAUGUGUGGCUGACUUCCUCUUCUGCAUACUGGUGCUGCCGUGGGAGGUGUCACGAUUCCUUGCUGGGAAGUGGAUCUGGGGCGAGGGAUGGAUCUGUACGCUCUUCCCACUCCUCAGGUACUGGAAUGUGGCGGUGUCUCUGCUCUCCAUCGCCAUGAUCACCAUAAAUCGGUACAUCAUGAUCGCUCACUUCAGCGUGUACAAGUUGGUGUACCGCAAGGGAUGGAUCGCUCUCAUGAUCGCCUUCUGCUGGGUGUUCGCCUUCGUCAUGCUGCUGCCAACAUUGCUCAGCAAGUGGGGGAGGUUCGGCUUCGACCCGCGCCUGCAGACGUGCUCCAUCAUCGACGAGGAGAACAAGUCGCCGAAGCAGGUGCUGUUUGGUCUCGGGUUCUGCGUGCCAGCAAUCAUCAUCAUCAUCUGCUACUCCCUCAUCUUUUACGUCAUCCAUAAGUCUGAAAAGCGUAUGCGGCAACACAGCUCCCGCAGCGUGAACGGCGCCCACCACGGCCCCUCCCUGCAGCCCCAACCACGCAUGGCGGGCAAGAUGGAGAGAGAGGUGAGGCGGCGGAGGAAUGAGUGGCGGAUAACCAAGAUGGUCCUCAUUAUCUUCAUCGCGUUCCUCAUCACGUACCUGCCCAUCACACUCGUCAAGAACCUGGACAAGACAGUGGACUACCCAGGUCUGCACGUCCUGGGCUACGUGCUUAUCUACGUAUCGUCCUGCAUCAAUCCUGUCAUUUAUGUCAUCAUGAACCGCCAGUACCGACAAGCGUAUAAGACAGUGCUAUUAUGCAAAAGACCCCGCCUUCCCUCUCUCACCUCGUCCCAUACCGAGAUGGACAAGAACGCGCACUGCCACAGGUAUGAGUCCAUCAGGUGCCACAGUUGCAUGUCCCAGGCCAGCCCUCCACCACCAUCACCACCAUCCGCCCCCUCUUCUGACCACCCACACCCUUCCCGCCACUCUCUACACCUGGUUAAUUCUUUUAAGAAAUCCUUUGACUAUUGUCUUCUGGAAAUCGUGGCGUUUAUCAACUUGUUUAGUACCGCGCAAGGCAAACCAGACUGUCCUGACUCCUGUGAGGAGUGCAGGAGGCUUAAGGCGACCCAUAAACUCAAUUGCUUUGAUUGUCAAACAAAGAGGAACACAAAACGAAACACAUUGCUUGCUUUGGAAGUUCUGGCAGACAACAACAUAUCAAAAGAGGUCCGGGAAGAAGACGAGUGCUCUCAGGACUUUGUCGACCACCUCCUUCACCUCGACUCGCCGCAACUCAAACACAACAAAAGGGAAGAAGGUGUGAAAACUCGACUGAGUAAGAAAGCAACCAUCACAACGAAGUCGAGAACUAACACGCCCGAGCUUCUUCGAGUGAGCAAGAUCCCACACAGCCAGAGUAUCGAGACUCUCAAGCCAGCUACUGAGAUGACACCAGUCAGUAUUCAGCAGCGGCCACACAGUGACGGAAGUUACUCUACUGCUGAGCCAAUGAAGUGUUUUGAAGCUGCCAGGUGCCCUCAAGCUUGGAGUCAAAUCACACCAAGCACCAUCCCUCGGACAACACUACUAAAGGCUACUCAGCAUGACUCUCCUGCAUCUUCACAGCAAGGUUUCCUAACGUCUGUGGGAGGAGACUCUGAUUCGGGACACAUUGGUGCUGUUACAGAUAGCUGUUCCAAGAUAGAGAUAACUUCAAGUUCUUCCGAAACACGUUUAGAUACAAAGUCUACAAGUGCUAGUCUUUCUUCCUUAUCCUUCUCUUUCCCACCUGCUUCUCAUUCUUCAAGUUCUAGCAAAAAUCAGUGUGACCGUCCUUUACAGCAUGAACAGAGUUACAUUUCCUCUUCUCAUCCCCGUGUUCCUAAUAUCACUCACUCUACCUCCUUCACGUCUCAUGAGAGUAUAGAGGAAGGCUCUCGGGAUGAGUCAUCCAAACACGCUGAGACACACCAGUAUGGCUUCGAAAACCCGGCGUACCAGGACUAAGUGUUUGCAUGGCCGUGCGUGCACCUUCAUCCUACCAUGCAUAGCGCGGGAAAGCACGAGGCAAGGCGGUAGUGGAGGAGCUCAAUGACAAGACAAUGAUGUCACAGGUUUCUUUCUCUGACGCCGCCGUCAUGCCAGAGUGCCAUGAGCUUCCCGAGGUCUUCGUCGACAAAUGAAGCGUCAC